AUUUUCUAAUCUAAGUUUAAACCUGACAGUCAAAUGGCAGGUUUGCAAUUUAAGUUUCAAAAUGUUCUAUAUAUUGUGCCAAGACAACUUAUUGUGCAUCGCCGCUUUAGUGAAGGUGUUAAUUAUAUAAAAAACACUAAUUUAUCAUCCCUUAAAAGAGGAACUGGUGGUCGAUCAAGUUUUAAUGGAAUUGUUGCAACAGUUUUUGGAUCGUCUGGAUUCCUUGGAGCAUAUGUUUGUAAUAAACUUGGAAAAAUUGGCACACAGUUAAUACUUCCAUAUCGAGGUGAUCCCUAUCAUGUGCGUAGUUUAAAACUUGUUGGAGAUCUGGGUCAAGUACUUUUUCAACCUUACCAUUUGUUAGAUGAAGAUUCAAUUUUUAAGGCUGUAAAACAUUCAAAUGUUGUAAUUAAUUUAGUUGGAAGAGAUUGGGAAACAAAAAACUUUACCUUUGAUCGAGUUCAUGUUGAAGGUGCUCGCAAAUUAGCCAAAGUUUCAAAAGCAGCAGGAGUGGAAACAUUUAUUCAUGUGUCUGCAUUAAAUGCCUCUGAACAUCCUCCUGAAUACAUGAUGGAUGGUGGUUCUAAAUUUCUGGCCAGCAAAUGGCGUGGAGAGGUGGCAGUAAAAGAAGAAUUUCCUGAAGCAAUUAUAUUUCGACCUGCCGAUAUUUAUGGCCAAGAAGAUAGUUUUUUAAGGUACUAUUGCAGUUUUUGGCGACAUCAAGGUAAAAUGAUGCCUUUGUACCGAAGUGGGGAGCAUUCUAUAAAACAACCAGUUUUUGUUGAAGAUGUUGCAGCAGGUAUUGUUGCUGCUUGUAAAGAAAAGCAUCUUAAAGGCAAGAUAUACCAAGCAGUAGGUCCUACUAGGUACAAACUUUCAGAAUUAGUUGAUUGGUUUCACCGCAUCAUUAACAAGUCAGACGAGUGGGGUUAUUACAGAUAUGACUUGAGAUUCGAUCCUCUAUUUCAGCUCCGAGUUUCAUUGUUACCUAAGCUAACUCUUGGUACAUAUCCCAAAGGAAACAUACAUUGGGAAAAGGUUGAAAGGGAAUGUCAUUCUGAUGUUGUCGUUCCUGGAAUUGAAACCCUUGAAGAUUUGGGAGUUACUCUUACUCGGAUGGAAGACCAAGUGCCUUGGGAACUUAAAACCUAUAGAGCUUAUUCAUAUUAUGAAUUAGAACUCAAUGAAUUUGCAAUUCCUAACCCACCACAGCCUGUAGUUUCAUGAUUUUAUUUUAAAAAGUAAAAACAGUGUACAGUAAACUAAACAUUGGUUAAAUAUGUAUUUUACAAAAUAUAUACAUAGAUUAUGUUUCUAAGAUUCCUUUAAUUGUUUGUACAUUAUUUUAGUGGUAUUGUGUAUUUAUUAUUUAAUAAACCAUUUAAUUUAAAUAGAACAGGAAAAUAGAUCACAAUAAACCAUUACAAUUGUAUUUUUUAACCUAUAAACAAAUGAAAUUUUGUAUCUUUUGUUUACUUGUAUGUUGGUGAUAUAAAUAUUUAUUAAUAUAUUCCAAGUAUAUCUAAUUGGAAUAAAUACUUAAAAUACAUACAUACAAAUAUAAUACAAUCCAAUUGGAUUACAAGAUUAAAGGAUGAGGCUUCCAGCACCUUUGCUGCAUCAUUACAUGCUCUAAUGAAUAAUUAUGUUAUUCAGAAUCUUAGACUACUGAGUUCACUGCUGAUUAUAUUGUCAUAGGAAACAAUAUGGUAAUUACUUAUUAGUGAUGGCCUUGGAGUAUGUUAAUUAAAAUGAUUCCAUUAAUUCUAAGUGUAAAUAAUGAAAUACACAUAUAGCAAAAGCUUGUGCCAUAUUCUUAUUUCCUGAAAUAGAUAUCAUUUUGCAAAAAUAUAUUUAUGACU